GAAGCUGUGAGGAAUAAGCCUUUUGGAUAAGAGAGAGAGAGAGAGAGAACCGUUCAGUAAUGGCGACUCUGCAACUAACCGACUUUUCGAACCCAAUAAUUGUACUCGGAAGACCUUCGGUGACCUCUCUGUUUAUGAGAACAACUCGUCAAUACCGAAAUUCUCAAGCUCGGUUCGUCACCAGAGCUUCUCUUCAGCAGCCUUCUAAUAGAAGGCAGUUCAUAGCUGAAACAGCUGCCGUUUCUCUAUCACUUACACCUCUGAUUGGUUUCGGAGAACCAGCUAAGUCCGAAGAAGCUCUUUCUGAGUGGGAAAGAGUCUAUCUCCCCAUCGAUCCUGGUGUUGUUCUUCUUGACAUUGCGUUUGUACCCGACGACUCGAAUCAUGGUUUUCUUUUGGGGACAAGGCAAACUAUUUUGGAGACAAAAGAUGGGGGAAACACUUGGGUUCCACGUUCAAUACCCUCUGCAGAAGAUGAAGAUUUCAACUACAGAUUUAACUCAAUUAGCUUCAAAGGUAAGGAAGGAUGGAUUGUUGGAAAACCUGCAAUCUUGUUGUACACAUCAGAUGCUGGAGAAAGCUGGCAAAGGAUACCUUUAAGUUCCCAACUUCCUGGAGAUAUGGUUUAUAUAGAAGCAACUGGAGAAAAGAGUGCAGAGAUGGUGACUGAUCAAGGGGCAAUUUAUAUUACCUCAAACAGAGGGUAUAAUUGGAGGGCUGCUGUUCAAGAAACUGUUUCAGCUACUCUUAAUAGAACAGUUUCUAGUGGAAUUAGUGGUGCAAGUUACUAUACAGGAACUUUUAAUACAGUGAAUCGCUCUCCUGAUGGAAACUAUGUUGCUGUGUCAAGCCGUGGAAACUUCUAUUUGACUUGGGAACCUGGGCAGCCAUACUGGCAGCCACAUAAUAGGGCAGUUGCAAGGAGAAUUCAAAACAUGGGAUGGAGAGCUGAUGGUGGACUUUGGCUUCUUGUACGCGGUGGGGGACUUUAUCUCAGCAAAGGCACCGGGAUAACAGAGGAGUUUGAAGAAGUUCAAGUACAGAGUCGGGGCUUUGGGAUCCUUGAUGUUGGGUAUCGUUCGAAGGAUGAAGCUUGGGCUGCUGGAGGUAGUGGAAUUUUAUUGAGAACAACCAAUGGUGGAAAAUCAUGGAUCCGGGACAAAGCAGCUGACAAUAUCGCUGCAAAUCUUUAUUCAGUAAAGUUCAUCAAGGAUAAUAAGGGAUUUGUUCUAGGGAAUGAUGGAGUCUUACUUCGGUACUUGGGAUAGUUCAGAAAUGACAUGAAUUUAUGGCACUCAGAUAUCCCAGUCAUGACUACCAUUUUUGUACCGUGGAAUUAUGCUGCUACUAUAUAAACAGGUCAUACUGUACUACUGUCUAUUGAGGCUGUCAUGUAUCUUCAAAGUGUGUAAGUAUUAUAGUUUUGUUUUCUUAUAGCUAUCAAUGGAUCAGAAAAAUAAUUGUUUAUAUCAAGGAAGGUGAUAACAUUCACAAUCAGAAGUGGUAGUGCAUUCUGAAA